GCCUUCCAGGACCUUGCGCGCAUUGUCCUGACCCCAAGCGAGGCGGACAGAGCCGGCACGUACCUGGCCAGGGUGCGCCCCUUCCAGCUGCAGCUGGCGCGUGCCUUCGGCGUGGUGCUGACGCUCCUGUUCAUUACUGCGGGCCUGGUCUACGAGGCCGAGCACCUGGCGAACCCGCAGUUUGCAAACUUCUUCGACGCGUUCUACUUCUCG